GGGACAGUUGGGAGGUAUGCCCUAUCCACUGCUACAAGCACUUCCCCCACACAGAUAAAAUCUGGUUCAGACUGGACCUUUGUAUUGAGAAAGUGAAAGCUGGAAUAGAAAAUAAGAGAGAACAAUAAGAGGCAGAUGUAUCUAUACAGGAUCUUAUAUUAAGAAAAGGUUUACCCCCAUCCAGGGCUAGUACAUUCCAAUAACACUGGUCACACUGACUUCUGGACCUCCAGGAAACUGCAGAAGAACCAAAGGAACCAUAGGAUAAAGACUAAAGGGUGACACCAUGUUCCUUAUCCACCACAACUGGGACAGGCUGAUAAUUCUGUUCCCUCUCCUCUUGUAUCAAACAGGUGCAGUUCUGGAUGUUUUUGCAGCUUCCCAUCGUGCACUCACUGGCUCUGAUGUUCUUCUCCGCUGCAGCUUCCAAGUGGAUAAAACUUCCCCAAACCCUGAACCCCCAACUGUAAUAUGGUACUUUCAGGAUAAGGAAAUUGUAAGAUUCGAUAACAAAGGUUUGUCCCUCAGCCCAAGGGCUUCAUUCAAUGGAUGGGCAGCAAAUAAGGGAGAUGCCUCCUUGUCUCUGGCCAAUGUGUCCAUCUCAGAUGAAGGGAUCUACAGGUGUCGGGUGAUAUAUCAGCAACAACAGAAAGACACAUGGGUCAUAUUAGAUGUUCUUGUUCCCCCAGUGAUCUUCAUCCCCAAUAAAGUUAUUAGUAAGAAUAAGGAGAACACUGUGAUGUGCAUGGCCAAUGGAUUCUACCCAGAAGAUAUUGACAUAAGUUGGUAUAAAGACAAUAAGCCCCUCACUAACUCUGAGUUGGGCAAACAAGAGAGGAACCCAGAUGGCACAUACAGAGUGAUGGGCACCGUGACUUUACCCCCAAUGGAUGGGAAGAUGGACCAUAACUUCUCCUGUAGAGUCCAACAUGUCUCUCUCCAGUGGCCUCUUCAGGAAGACUUCCAGUUGGAGUAUGAAGAUGAAAGUCACAGCUCUGUAAUUGUGGCCUGUGGCAUUGCUGUGGGGGUGUUACUAGUUGGACUGGUAAUUGGAGCCAUAAUAUGGAAUCAGAGAAGAAAAGCAUCUUUACAGGGUUACACAGUGAGUGAGAUUAAAGGGCCAGAGAAGUUGUUGGAUGGAGAAGAGACAACUCUUUACUGUACGACCAUUAACUGCCCACAGGGGGCCCCACAGGUCACAUGGAUUGAGGAGAGGUCAGGAGACCAGUGGGAGAUACCACAGUGUCGGAACUCGGGGGACCCAGGGGAAGCAGAACAGCUGUUGGGUGACUCCUACUUGAUCACCUGUAGGAAAGAGGGGCUGCAAAGCUACUGCUCCUCCCUGAGAUUUGUACCCCGUGUGGGGAAACACAGAGACGUGACCCUUAUCUGCAGGUUUGUCUGGGCUGGGAAGAUUAAGGAGAAGAGAUUCCAUUGUACAAACAUUUAUGCCAAACCAGCACAGGUAUCAGUGGUCCCAUCUCUGUGUGAGUCUGGGGAGAUCCUGUACUCUCUCACCCUGCCGGGAUUCUACCCCAGACAUAUCUCCAUCACAUGGACCUGUGGGGUGGGAGAUUCCCAAGGCAGAAUAUUAUCUAAAGAACAAAUUGAGGUGAAACCAGAUCUCACAUUCAGUGUGUGCAGUGAGGUCAGAAUUAGUGGGGACCUGUAUAAAGAUCCGGCAUUCCGAGUGGGUGUGACCUGGGAACAUGGAUCCUUGGAUGCACCGGGAUACAGAGAAUUCUCCAUACUGGAUCCAGAAUUCGACUGGGAACCAGUAGUGGAACCAAUACAGGGCACUAAGUUUCUCCAUAACAGCCCAACCACCCUGCAGUGCAACAUCUCCGAGUAUUUCCCUGAUGCCCUGACAGUGACGUGGCUGAGGAAAGGGGCAGAGAGUGAGGAACUAACAGAAGUGCCCAAUACUCAUCCAUAUAUAAGGUCCAACAAACAGACAGAUAACACCUACAGUUGCACCCCCUGUCUGAUCAUUUACCCCUCACUGAGAGACCAGGGGGCAGAAUAUAUCUGCAGGGUGACACAUCCCAGUCUGGUCAGACCCAUAGACACAAGUACUGGCACCAUCAAUGUCAUGGCUAAACCCGUGUUACUGGAUCCUGUACAAAUGGAUCUUCUCACUAACGGCAGAAUUCAGUUCUCCAUCACCCUACGGAACUUCUACCCCCGAGAUAUUCACAUCAACUGGAACAUUGGGGAGAUAAAGGCAAAGUUUAUUCAGCCUCCCACAGACACAGUGACUCAAACAGAUGAUCUCACAUAUGAUCUCACCAGUGUCUGUAGAUUUCCUGGGCAUCUGUUAAGCAAUCCUGAAUAUAAAGUCCAUGUGACCUGGAACCAUGUGACUAUGGAAGCCCCUGAAUCCAGGGAACUGUGGGUAACAGAUUUCCCCUGGCGCCCACAGGUAGGAGAGAUCGUGGCUCCUACACUGGGUAAGAAUAAAGUGACACUGAGCUGUAAGAUCUCUGGGUAUUUCCCUGAUGUCCUGACUGUCAGUUGGUUCAGGAAGGAGAAAUCAGACCAAUCAGAGGUUCCACUGUCUGUCCAAUGUGUUGGUUUCAUGAUCACAGACUGGUUCAAGAAGUUGUUAAGUGACCAAUCAGAGACCUCACUGAGCACCAGACAUUAUAAAGUAUCUGAGGCCAAAUCCCACAAGCAGGAGGAUCAGACAUUUACAUGUGAAACACAAUUAACCUUCUCCCCAGACCAGAAGACUGACCAAGGAGCUGAAUUCAUCUGCAGAGUGAGACACCCCAGCCUGGGGCAGUUAAUAGAGAGAAGGACGGGGCCAUUAGUGAUCCCUCAAUAAUUUAUAUUCCUGCCCCAUAACUCACCAAAUACUAUUGUCACGUUUUCAUAUUAAAAAUAUGUUUAUACACUUCUAA